ACGUCAUCGUUUGGAGAAAGUUAAAACUUAAAACCGCCCUAAAAUUGAUCAACUGUCAAAAACGGGCAAAGUCCAAUCAUAGCCUCUCGCUUGGGAUUCUCUUCUUUCCUUCGCCUUCUUUUAUCAGAUAAGGUAAUCUCCUUCUCAGUUCCUAGCCAUGGCGGAAGCUUUUAGAAUCUUCCACGCUACGUUCCUCCCAACGUUCUCUCCACAACUCAGCAAGCCACCUUACUCUCACAGUUACCCUUCACUUUGUCUAAAGAAAGUACGUCCAAUUCAAUGCUCAGUUUCUACGAGCGAAACCAAACCCACGUCGUCGAAUGCGACCCAGGAAGUGCCUUGGGGUUGCGAUAUCGAUUCCUUGGAGAACGCUGAGGCUCUUCAAAAAUGGCUGUCGGAUUCAGGCUUGCCUCCGCAGAAGAUGGCGAUAGACAAAGUAGAAGUAGGGGAGAGAGGAUUGGUUGCUUUGAAGAAUAUCAGGAAGGGUGAGAAGCUUCUCUUUGUGCCUCCCUCGCUUUUCAUCACUGCAGAUUCAGAGUGGAGUUCCCCUGAGGCUGGUCAAGUAUUAAAACAGUAUUCUGUCCCAGAUUGGCCAUUGCUAGCGACCUAUCUUAUUAGUGAAGCAAGUCUCCAGAAAUCUUCGAGAUGGAGCAAUUACAUAUCCGCCCUUCCCCAACAGCCCUAUUCACUUUUGUACUGGACACGUGCAGAACUAGACAGGUAUCUGGAAGCAUCACAGAUAAGGCAGCGGGCUAUUGAAAGAGUUACUGACGUUAUUGGAACAUACAAUGAUUUAAGACUCAGGAUAUUUUCCAAGUAUCCUGAUUUAUUCCCUGAAAAGGUAUUUAAUAUCGAGACAUUCAGAUGGUCCUUUGGCAUUCUUUUCUCUCGAUUGGUAAGGCUACCUUCAAUGGAUGGAAAGGUUGCCUUGGUUCCUUGGGCUGAUAUGCUUAACCAUAGCUGUGAGGUGGAAACAUUUUUGGAUUAUGACAAAUCAUCACAGGGGGUUUUCUUUACAACAGAUCGUGCAUAUCAGCCAGGUGAGCAGGUUUUCAUAUCAUAUGGAAAAAAAUCUAAUGGAGAGCUGUUGUUAUCUUAUGGAUUUGUUCCAAAGGAGGGUACAAAUCCUAGUGAUUCAGUAGAGCUACCUCUAACCCUUAAAAAAUCUGACAAAUGUUAUAAGGAGAAAUUGGAAGCUUUGAGGAAGCAUGGAUUGUCUGCUUCUCAAUGUUAUCCUAUACAAAUCACUGGUUGGCCAUUGGAGUUAAUGGCAUAUGCUUACCUGGCAGAGCCCCCAAGCAUGAGCCGGCAGUUUGAAGAGAUGGCUGCUGCAGCAUCAAAUAACUCUGCUACCAAGAAGGAUUUAAGAUACCCUGAAAUUGAAGAAAAAACACUGCAAUUUAUUCUCGAUAGUUGUGAAUCAAGCAUAUCAAAGUACUCCAAAUUCUUGCAGGUAAGUGGCUCCAUGGAUUUGGACGUGACAUCUCCAAAGCAACUGAAUCGAAGAGUGUUUCUGAAACAGCUAGCAGUAGAUUUAUGUACAAGUGAGCAGAGAAUUCUAUUCCGCUCUCAAUACAUACUGAGGAGGAGAUUGAGGGAUAUGAGGAGUGGUGAAUUGAGAGCUUUAAGAAUCUUCAAUGGAUUGCGAAACAUUUUUAAAUAAAGAUUUUCUUCAUGUAGCCUCCUGUUCUUGGUUUUUGAGAUGCGCUGAGUUUAUAUCUGGUGUUGUUUCUAAACUCAACCCUUGAGAAAUUCAAGCGAGUCUAGGUACUUAACAGAAAUUCUGUCAUGUUCAAUGUAAAAAAAAAAAAAAGUCCAUUUAGGCAACUAUUCUUGAGUUGCUUAUUUAUCAGCAAAAUUUCUUUGUAACGUUUGUAUGAAAAUACAGCAGCAGCAUGGUGCAUUAGAGCUUGAUCCUCAAUUUCACUGGUUGAUUAGGUAAAGCCUAUCACCACAGUAAAAGGGCCUUUGUUUGUGACUUCCAAGUGUUUCAUAGGACCGAAAAUGUGGAGCCAAUCUGUUUAAUCAAAGUUGGUGUUGAGUCAAGCAGAGAGUAUCUAUAACAGUUAAGAAAAUGACAGGAUCGAAUUUUUGGGAAUAGAGAAUUAAGAUUUAUGAGAUAAGAAAGAAUUACCUCUCCUAUAUAAUCAGAUAA